AUGUCUGGUCCCGUCGUUCCAACGCUCUUCGUGGACGCAAAGGGCGAUUUCAGUAUUCCAGCCAUGUGCAUGCAGGCAGCGGUGCGGCGCUGGCCCAUUCUGUUUACAGCUCAAUGGGAUGGGUCACUCUGCUACGCUUGUGCAUUGGAGGUGUUGGCUAAUCUAGUCCCGUACAUACCCCGACCUCUCGCCUGGCAUGGCGCACCGUGUGCGCGCAAGGCCAUGGGCGAUCACAGCGGGGCGUGGACUUAUGCAGAGUUUUACGAAUACGCUAAAGAUCGUCGGGUGGCUAAGCUGCUGCAAGAUAGGAGCUACCAGCUUCCUGCGGUGGUCCUUGCUAGUGUCCUGGCUAAAGUAAUGCGUGCUUGCUGCGUGAUCAGCAACUCCUCCGUCAUUGCGGAAGUCUGUUCAUGCAUCGACCACCAGGUCGACAUCACGUAUUCGAAGCGCGCGUUCGUGCAUUGGUGCGUGGGCGAUGGCACGGAGGAAGGCGAGUUCUCCGAGGCUCGCGAGGACCUGGAGGCGCUGGAGAAGGAUUACGAGCUGGUGGGCAUCGACGGACGGCGGAGGGCGAGGGCGUUAUGA